AUGGUGUUCAGGUGUCGCGACACGACCCAUCACCGGCACGCUCUGCGUGGCGCCCUGGCCAUCCCCGAGGGCGCUUGCCGGAUCGUCGACCAUCGAGCUGCUCCCGGCGCGUGUACUCCUUCCAGGCACAAGGAGGCCUGGGGUGGUGGUGUCGUCGACCCCGGCCGUGGCCAAACUAAGAAGCUGCUCACGGAUCCCUCUGUUCAUCUAACCAAUGCACCAUCUGCUGCAGAUGGAUCGGUGACUUCAGCUGCUAAAAGGAAGGCCUCACUAUGCCCACAAGAUGACCAUUCUCGGAGGGGUAAAAAGUUGAGAUAUUCAGGACCAACCCUACCAGAGGACAUAUGGCAUCGUAUCCAUUCUCUGAUGGGACUACGAGAUGCUGCACGUGUUUCCUUGGUCUCUCGUUCAUUUCUACGUUCUUGGAAAUCUUUUCCCAAUCUCAUCAUAACUAGGGAAACACUGUGUUUGAAAGGCAGUGAAUACGGAAGAUCACUAAAAAUAUCGAGUGGUCUUGCAGAAAAAACCAAUGACAUUCUGGAAAAACACUCGGGCAAGGGCGUGAAGGUGCUCAAGCUCCAAAUAAAUGACUUUCCCAUGUUCAGCACCUCCUAUGAUCUCAAUCGUUGGCUUCGUAUCACUGUUAAACCAGGGAUUGAAGAGCUAGACCUAUGGCUGGAGCUGCACUCACGUGAUGCAGCUGUGUACGACUUCCCCUGCUCACUUUUACUUAAUGGGAGUGGCAAGUCAAUUCGGCAUCUUCAUCUCAGCAAUUGUGCCUUCCGUCCCACGGAUGGACUUGGCUGCUUAAGAAGCCUUACUAGUCUGGACUUUUGUGAUGUGCGUAUUACUGGGGAUGAGUUAGGACACCUUCUGGCCAAUUCAGUUGCUUUGGAUAAACUGAGACUCGUGUCUUGCAAUGAGUUAGUUUUUCUGAAGAUACCUAGCCUUCUGCAGCGGCUUAGCCACCUGAUUGUCAAUGAAUGCGAAAAUCUAGAAGUGAUAGAGAGCAAAGCACCUAAUCUCUACAGUUUUAGAUAUGUCGGUGACCUCGUACAAUUAUCACUUGGUGAUUCAUUGCGGAACUUCGGAAUUCAUGCUUCAGGUUGGGACUUCGUUCAUGGUGCUUGUGAAUAUCUUCCGCGCUUCCUGCCAAAUCUUGAAACUCUUGACAUAUCUUCACGUUAUGUGAGGGAAAUACCGGUGAUACUUGACAAAUAUCUCCACCUUCAGCGACUCUGUAUUGGGUAUUUUACGCCAGACUAUGACUAUUUCUCUCUGGUUUCUUUGCUUGACGCUUGUCCUUCCUUGGAGACUUUCGUACUAUACGUAGAGCCAGAUCGCGUGGAGCAAGAAUCGAUUUUAGUAGAUUCUUCUCGUGAUCUAAGGCAGAUGCCAGGGCACUUACAUAGGAACAUCAAUGAUGUGCAGAUCUAUGGAUUCUGUUCUGCAAGGACUAUAGUUGAGCUUACAUGCCAUAUUCUUGAGAAUGCAAUGUCGCUUGAGUGGCUUACACUGAGCACCUUAUACCUUGGUGAACUUAAGUGUUCGAAUGGUAAAUAUGAUAAAUGCUUCCAGAUGAGCAGGGAUAUGAUCAUGGAAGCCCAUAAGGCACUCUUGGUCGUGGAAAGAUACAUUGUGGAGAAAGUUCCCUCUUAUGUUGAGUUUAAAAUUGUCGAGCCCUGCAAUCGGUGCAAUGCUCUAUAAAUUUACUGCAUGGUUGGCCUCGCCCCAACUCUUAAUUAGAAGCUGGUGGAGCUCCAGGCAAAGCUUUUUGAGCUCUAGAAUUUGAGCUCACUACGUAUAAGAACAAAUUAUCUUCAAAGCCAAUUGCAUGCUUGAAGUUGUAAUUUCUCUCUCCUUCUGCCAUUUUAUUUUAAUGUAAUUCUACAUGGGUAAG